CUGGUGUAUCCCCUCGCCGCAUAUCGUGAAAGUGUACGAAUUGCUGGCCCUAUCUUGGUGCAAAAUAGACGACUGGUAUCGGCUAUGGCCGAAACUGGUCCCGCUGAGACUUUACUUGGCGAUAUACCAUCUACGAGUGCACCAACGAGUUCCGCACCAUUGUCCAAGAACGCCCAGAAGAAGGCCGCUAAAGCUCAACGACUCGCGGAAAUAAAAGUAAAGAAGCGUCAGUUGGAGAAGGAGAAGAGGAAGGAGAAAAAACGGAUCCGUGAGGAGAAGCGAGCGGCUGGCGAAUUGGACGAGUCAGAGCUCAAAGAAGAAGAGGAAAGGGCCAGGAAGAAAGCUAGGCUAUUUGGGCCGAAGCAGCCAUUUGGUGCGAGGGUCGUCGUAGAUCUAGGUUUUGACGAUAAGAUGACCGAGAAAGAGAUUGUGUCUUUGAUUAGCCAACUCGGUUAUACCUACAGUGCAAACAGACGUGCUACCCGGCCAUUCUCGAGGUUAUUAUUCACUUCACUCAAUGGCCGCACGAAAGAGAAGAUGGAUGCCACCAGUAAUGCCGGAUACAGUCGGUGGAAAGGCACGGAAUGGUGGGAGGAAAGUUAUGAAGGCCUCUGGGCAGGAAGCAAGACGAUUAAUGGAGACGUAUCACCGGAGAUCGCUGAGUCUCCGCCGACAAAAUCAGAUCAUGGAACUGCUGCACACACGGUUCAUGUACCAUCCUCGGAAGAAGGAAAGGAGUCGUCUAUCAAACCUCAGGAGAAAAGUCGUUGCCCUAAGGAGAAUAUCGUAUACCUGACGGCGGACGCGGACGAGGAGAUUUCAGAGUUAAGGGAAGGAGAAACGUAUAUCAUCGGAGGUAUCUGUGAUCAUAAUCGGUACAAAAAUCUCUGUUUGAACAAGGCAGUCGCGAGCGGCAUUCGGAGCGCCAGGCUACCGAUAGGAACGUACCUGGCCGCUUUGCCAACGAGAAAGGUCUUGACAGUGAAUCAGGCCUUCGAGAUUCUUGUGAACUGGGUGGACUCACGGGACUGGGAGCAUGCAUUGAAUGCGGUCAUGCCGCAGCGCAAGUUCAACGCAGAGGGAAAGAGACGGAGAAGAUACGGGAAAGAUGAGAAGCUGGAAGUCAUCGGAGCCGAUGAAUUGGAAGAUGGUGGAGAACCUGCACAGGGAGCUGACAGCGUCGGAGUUUUACAACAAAACAAGGAGACGCAGCACGAGGGAGUAUAGAGUCCUAUAUACUUGUCAUCCAACCAUCUAAAGAGAGCAGUGCGUACCUCUGUCAA